AUGUUGACACACAACCUCUUGAAAAAAAAAAAGUACUCUCACGAUAUUCAAACGUGCUUAGAUAUCCCUGUUCCUCUGUCGAUGAAAGAGCUGGUUCGUGCCCCGCCCGUCUGCCUCCCUACCCGCGGAGAUCUCGAAACCAUUGAGAUCCUCGAGGAAUUCGGCAAAGCUCUACUUCGGCCCGAGGACGAAAUUACUCAAGCGCAGAACUUGUCGGCCGGCUUUUCGGACAUAGUGCUUCUCUUGGAACGUACACUCCACAGAACGAACCACAAAUUCGACGACACUUUCGAAGACUUUGUCGGAAAUUGCAAGACACUGUGGGCAGUCGACGAACUCAUUCGCGUCGCUACCAAAGGUGCCCGAAGCAUACAUACUGUCACCGUACUGGACGCAUUCUCUUUUCAACCUCAUCAAUAUGCAACGGAGCAAGAUGAACAAUGUCACAAAGUCCUCGCACAAAUCCUUAGGGCGAAGUAA